AUGUCAUCUCCCCCAUCACAUCCUCAUAAGCUCCAGCGUAGAUACUUCCCCAACACUCUCCCUAACUGCACUAGCACUGACCACAAAACCCACCUCGAUACUCCUCACAAUACCGCUCCCAAUACCGUUCUCAAUACCGUUCCCAGUACUGUUCUCAAUACUGUUCCUAUAACCAUUCUCAUGAUGUCGACUGCCAGAACUUCAAACCGCCGCACUAUCUCCCGCCCGCGCAUCCAGCCGUCUAAUGCCUACUUCAGCGACUAUCCCAUUCCCACUCCACGGUACUUCACCGAGCCUGCUCCAAGCCCAACCCCACCCAUCAUGGCAACUCACCCGCCUAUUAUGGCAACUCCCCUGCCCACUCCGCAACCCUCACAGAGUACGCAAGCCCAGCAUGAUCCCGACGUUGAGCCUUCCUUCUCGCCCAUCCUGCCCCUACACCGAAGUCACAGCGACAGCAAGAACGGGAGGGAGAAGGAGAAGGAAGGUAAGCAAGAGGUUGACGAGUUCGACGGGGACGAGAGCGAGUGGCAAGACGCGCAAAUACGGGAGUCGCAAAUGAGCAGCAGAGAAGAUGAAGGCGUGUGGGUUGAUCCACUGGAGUGUAUUUUGGGAGCCCUGCUGGCCGAAGAGUGGAUGGUUAUCGAUGGGGAGGAGGAAGGAAACGACGAGUGGAUCGACGAUGACGAUUGGCAUAGUGCUGAGACUCAGGAUGAAUGGGUUGAGAUGGCGAGAGAGCCGUUAUCAGAGAGCAGAACUAUUCAGCAGGAGAGCCAGUAG